CUUAGAAUUGACUGCUUUCUGAUUCGGUGUUGCCGAAUUCGUCCAUACACCUGGAUAUACAAGAUGUUUACAUUAAGACCAAUUGCACGCCAAGUACUCAGGCUUCCCAAAUGGACACAAAUUCGCUCCGUGACCACGUUGGACGGCCGUCCGUACAUAUAUGUUUUCCCGAAUGAAGCAGCCUCUGGCGAAAGCCAUGUUUUAUCCCUCCUACCGUCAAGACCGACGAACCCCAGCGUACCCAUCGGAAUUACAUCCAAAUUACCACCGACGCCAGAAUCCUUCAAAGAGAACCCGAGUUUCUUGAAUAUCCUGCAGGAAGUUAUUUCAAAAUAUGCGCAUGAAGACCCAGAUAAUAUCUCACAGGCCCAGAUGAUGGUCUCCACGUCUGGAGCUAACCUGAGCUCCGGAGGAGUCCUAUUGACUGGUCAGAAAGCGCGGAGACGGCGGGCUAGCGCAGAUUCGAGUGGUGGGGCCAGUGGUCAAGGUGGUGCUGGUAGUGCUGGACGAGGAGGAUGGAUACAUGUUUUUGAUGAGAGGAGGCCGCCUGAGUAUGGGCGGAUUCCUUGGCCCGAGGAUAUUUUUGGAAGCCUUGAAGUCGACGGUGAAGGUAAAUUCGUUGAUGGAAAUGGAAAUUACCAACCGAGUGGUACUUAUCGAACCAUCACUCGAGAUGGAAUCAUCGCACCGAGCCCAUUCCUCAGGGAAAAGUUGGUCCAGAGACUACAUGAAAUCGAAUCUCAAUAGAGAGAUUCUGUGACAUAUUUGUAACGAUACGAAUAUUUUGUACUAUACUCUUGGUGAACCAUCCCAUAAGCUGCUAGACAGCUCGUAUAUUAUUGCCUCGAAAAUCAUGUUAGCGGUAAAAUCAGACGAAACGCUUAUAGAAACGCUAAUUGCACCCUAUUCCAAACGCCA